AUGGACGCCGCGACAGACUUUUACCGGUCGCAGGUCGGCGGCACCGGCGUCAUCAACUACAGCUAUACCGAUUUUCCCUGGCGUCUGUUGCUCAAAGACGUGUACUACUUUUUUGUGUACUGCUGGGCGCUGCCCUGGAUCGUCCUGCCGCUCACCCCAGCCGACUCGGGCGCGCUGGACGAGCUGUACCCCAGCUGGGCCAACUUGUGGUGCCUCACCGUCCAUGCGCUUCUUAUUUUUCUGCAGCUCUUCUUUAUCCUCGGCCUGUUUGUUGCUGUGCUGUUUCCAGUAUGGCUCGGCGCGGCCUUUGUCGGCGGCUGCCUGUUUCUCAACUGGCUACUUUGUCUCCUUCUGAACGGCAAAGGUAUGACCUUUCACUCGGACGAAAAAUAUGCCAAAGCGCUGCCGGAGCAUGAGCAUGAGCAGUGGAUUUUCUUAAAUGGGGUUGCCGCAGGAGAGCAUUGGAUGAAGAAUAACCUAAAUCGACUUGCCAUCACCUUCGGUCGACCUAUUCUUGGCGUGCACAACCGUACCUCCGGAAUAAUAUUUGAUGUUAUCGAGUGCCUGAUUCAACGCAAUUUUUCCUACGCCACAAAUGAUGUUCGCGUGUGCUACAGGGUCGUAAGAGAUGUGCUUUACGACCCGUCGAAAACAAAAGUCAUCUUUGUUCUGCAUUCGCAAGGUGGAAUCGAGGGCGGCUUGGUGCUAGAUUGGCUCUUGCAGGAGAUGCCCCAAGAUCUAUUGUCCAAGUUGGAAGUUUACACGUUUGGCAACGCCGCGAAUCACUUCAACAACCCCCAUCGCCAUGCCGAGUCGCAGGCUCUGACUAUCAGCAAGCCACGGGAGGCUCUCGCCUCCAUGGUGACGGAAACGAGUUUCUCGGGUAUGCACGUCGAUACCUUGAUUGAUACAAGCAACGGAAAGCACCCCUCGCUCGCGACGCAGUCCUCUAGCAUGUCGACAUCGUCGCGGAGCUGGAACGCGGCGCAAGACCGCGCCAUCGGGUACAUAGAGCAUUUUGCGCAUACGACAGACUUUGUUGCCCUGUGGGGAGUCUUGCAUUUUGCGACAAACCGAAUGGGCUCACCCCAGCUGCCAAGGUUCAUGGGGCGUCUCUUCAGUCGGUCCACUAGUCGUGGUGGCCAUCAAUUCAACCAGCAUUAUAUGGAUGGCAUGUUUCCACUGAAGAGGGACCCUAGUACUGGAGAAUUUACUGGCGCAGCCGAGGAGAAUGAAUUCAUGGAAGACAUCAUCAAGGUCGGGAAGGAGGGUGCCGCCAUGGAUAACACACGCGAAGCUUUUGACAUAACAUAUAUGGGCACUAUGGGAUUUGGAAGCGGCGAUAUUAACACACCCGUUGAGGUGCAUGGUGCUCCUAACAAGAAGAAGUCGGUGCAUGAGUACAAGGUCAAGGACGUUUGCCGCCUUUGGAGCUACAGAAACGGGCGCAGUCCACAUGACACCACGUCGCCGACGAGUGCAGAAGCCAUUAUCGCGCGCACUUUCACUAUUUAG